AUGAAGCAGACAUUGAGAGAGAAACCGUACGUGACGGCGCCACCACCGAUGGGUUACCCGGUUAUGAUGAGUGACUCUCCCCAAAUUGUGCAGCAUCAGACGCAGAACAAAGGCAGCGGUGGAUUUUUACGUGGAUGUUUGGCUGCAAUGUGCUGCUGUUGUGUUUUGGAUUGUGUCUUCUAG